UGACACCAUUGCUUUAAAUGGCACUCCACCUUAAUGUCGACAUAUCGGCCAAUGAUUGACAGCUUAUAAUGCUGAAUGAAGGUAACUGUAUUCUGGUCUUCAUUUAAAACAUCUAAACCAUUAAUAUCGUAAGUGAUACCGAUACACUGAUAGGACGUGCGACCAGGCCAUACGCCUAGUAAGAUAUCGUUCGUGUAACAUCUAUAGGUAUAGCACUACACGCUACAGUUAUGGACCAUUUCCUUAGGCACUGACAUAAAUUCUUAGAACUGUAUUUUGUCUACUGUAUUAUGAUUGCUUCGUUAACCUGAUGAUGUUGAUUAUAAUUCGCAUGAUUUUGUUAAUAUUUUCUUUGUUAAUGUUAUCGACGAACUGUGCGGGGAAGGAUUUUCGUCUUGGAUUUCUUGUUCCUUGGGACGGAUUUUGGCCAGUUGGUCAACGAGCUGGAGGAGCUAUGACGGUGGCUAUUGAGACGAUCAACAAUGACUCGAAUUUUAGCGCAAUCCACGAUGGCGGACACACACUUAGUUUCAUAUGGAAUGAUACAGAUUGUGAUACUUCAAAGGGAUUAGCUAGCAUAUUAGACAUGUACGAAAAGUAUUCAGUUGAUGCGUUCAUUGGCCCAGGAUGCAGUGUCAUCUGCGAACCAGGCGGUUACCUUGCAAACCACUGGAAGACACCAAUGAUCUCGUGGUCAUGUUCAAGCAGCGCUCUGUCUGACAAAAAUCAGUACCCUAACUUUGCCAGGUCAACUGCCCCCACCGAAAAAAUGUCGCCGUUCUUUGUAGAAAUCAUGAAACAUUUUGAAUUUUCAAGGGUAGGCAUUUACUUUUCAUCUCAACAUAUAUGGUCACUUGCGGCAGAUGCUUUUAGGAAUGCAUUUAGAGAAAAUGGUAUAGAAGUCUCAAUUUACCAAGUAUUUGAGCCAGGGAGCGAUAAUGAAAAACAUUCAAGUGGGCAUCAAGAUGCAUCCGAUUCCGUCAGUACGUUACAGAUUGAAGGGGAUGCGUUAGCGGAAGCUAAAUUAUUAGCUAAAGUAUUUAUCAUUCUAGCGUAUGGAAGCGAUGUACGCAACUUUUUGCUAUUGGCCAAAGCUGGUGACAUGAUCAAUGGCGAGUACGCAUUUUUCUCUAUCGAAGUCCCGUUGGCUUCGCGCUUCGGCGAGAACGGAUGGAUGGGGAACGAUACGAAGGACGAUGAUGCAAUAGAAGCUUUCGAAGGUUUACUUGACGUAAAAUUACUGGAACCAUCGUGUCCUGAAUAUGAAGAAUUCAAAAAAGAGGUCAGGCUAAAAACUAGUCAAUCGCCAUUUUAUUACAGCUUACCUCAAGAUGAACAGGUAUUAUUAGAAGCUGCCUUAAUAUACGAUUCUGUGUACUUGUAUGCACUAGCAUUGAAUAAGAGUCUAGGCAAUGGGAUGGAUCCAAGUGACAGCGGUCAUGUAGGCGAAAACCUAUUUGAUUGGGAAUUCAAUGGUGCUGAUGGACUGGUAUCUAUUGAUUUACUUGGAGAUCGCCGGCCGAAUUACAUGCUGCAGAAUAUUCAAAACGGCACCUUUGUUACAAUAGCAUCUUUUCAGAGUAGAGGUGCUGUGUUUGAAGAGGUUUCAAGUGUGGUAGUGUGGCCCGGGGGUGGACUUGAAAAACCACACGGAAUACCAGACUGUGGCUGGGACAAUGAAUUCUGUGAAGUUACUCCAAUCGAUAAAGUAGUGGUUCUUGGCGUAUUUGCUGUUGUUUUACUAUUAUUCAUCAUAUGCACGAUAGUCUAUAUCUUACACAGAAAUCAUCUCUACGAACAAGAACUUGAGAAUAUGUCAUGGCGGAUUGAUUACUCGGAUAUUUCGUUUGAAGCCGAAGAUGAACUAACUACUAUUUUUGGAACGAACUCGUUCCCUAGAAGUCACGCAAGCAUCGCCAAACUAAGCGAUCGUGUCGGAACUUUAAAUAGCAGCACACUAUCCUUGGUCGGUGAUUUAAGAUAUACAAAGGUUGGCUGUUACAUUGGGACGCGUGUCGCAAUUAAGCAAAUCCGCAGAAGUUCCUCAAUUCAACUCAAUAGACAGAUUCUCAAAGAAUUUAAAGAUGUCCGAGAGUUAAACCAUUUGAAUGUAAACCAGAUCGUAGGAGCGUGCAUCGAGGCACCAAAUAUCUGUAUUUUGACAAACUACUGUAGCCGAGGCAGCUUACAGGAUGUUUUAAUGAACGACCACAUCAAACUGGACUAUCUCUUCAAAUGGUCUUUUGCGUCGGAUAUUGCUAAAGGUAUGGCAUAUUUACACGGCACGCCUAUCGAGGCACACGGGCGUUUGAAUUCCUCCAAGUGUUUGGUGGAUAGUCGUUGGGUUUGUAAAAUCUCCGAUUUCGGACUAAAUAGCCUGCGAUGUGACCAGGAGUUAAAUCAAGGAACACGCGAAAGAUAUUAUUCAAAGCAACUGUGGACAGCUCCAGAACUUCUUCGUCAAAACUACCCACGAUGCCGCAGUACAAAACAGGGGGAUACUUAUUCAUAUGGCAUCAUUCUUCAGGAAAUAAUUUUGAGGGACGCCCCCUAUUGUAUGAUAGAAAUGGAAGCAGAAGAAAUAAUCUGUAAGAUUAGAACCAUUAGUAAUCCUCCAUUUCGGCCAGAAGUCGACGACAAAGACACCAACUACAGUAAGGUUGUCCGUUUGAUGAAAACUUGCUGGGAUGAAGACCCAAGCUGCAGACCUCCGUUUAGUUAUAUCAUUAACUAUCUAAAGAGGGUGUCAGGUGGAAAAAGUGGGAAUCUUAUAGACAACAUGGUUGCAAUGCUGGAGAAGCAUGCCGUACACUUAGAGGAACUUGUGACUGAAAGGACAAAACAACUGGCAGAUGAGAAAUUGAAGACUGACGCUUUACUCUACCAAAUGCUACCAAAAUCGGUGGCUGACAGUCUAAAACGUGGCAAAGUUGUUCAGCCAGAGAGUUUUGAAGAGGUGACGAUAUUUUUCAGCGACAUUGUAGAAUUCACCAAGUUAGCAGCCGAGAGCAGUCCUUUGCAGGUUGUUGAUCUUUUAAACGACCUCUACACAUGCUUUGAUACAAUAAUAGAAAAUUACCAAGUCUACAAGGUAGAGACAAUUGGUGAUGCGUAUAUGGUGGUCAGUGGGUUGCCCGUGCGCAAUGGACAUUGCCACGCCACGCAUGUUUGCAUGAUGGCGUUGAAUUUACUCAGCGUGAUGUCCAGUUUCGAAAUACGCCACCGUCCCGGGAAAUGUCUUCAGCUGCGUAUAGGCAUUCACAGUGGACCAGUUGUUGCUGGAGUUGUUGGGGUUAAAAUGCCAAGGUAUUGUUUAUUCGGGGACACGGUUAACUACGCUUCUAGGAUGGAAUCCACUGGUGAAGCACUCAAGAUCCAUGUUAGUUCAGAAUGCCAUCGAAUUAUUUCAAAAUCUGAUGUAUUCCAGUUUCAGAAACGGGGCAAUGUUAAUCUCAAGGGAAUCGGGUCAGUUACAACUUAUUUUCUCACUGGAUUGUCAUGAAGCCCUGACACUACAUUGAUAUUCGCUAUUAAACCAUUGUACAUAAACUACUCAGAGUAGGAAGCUAAAGCAUUCUUAGUGGCGGACAUGUACAGUACUUAUAUUAUGACCUGGUUUGCUAUGUUCAUAAUAUGUUUUUACUCUCUAUGUUAAUUAAUAAGAGCUCCAUCGUUUUUACAAUACAGUAGUUACAUAUUAUCUCAUAAUCAUAUGAAUAUUUAUUUAAUUUCAACAUAUACAAUAAAUACAAUAAUAGAUUUUUAUAAAACUAUUACUAUACAAUGAAAUUGGGGCGGUCGUCAUAUAUAUAUAUGCCUAUAUAUAUAGGCCUAUAUAUAAUAAUAUAUAUAUUUAUAUAAUUGUAAAUCAUGAAAUGAUCUAAAUGAAUGAUAUUUGUUAGUAAACAAUGCGACGAAAUGUGACGACUAUGAACCUUUUUAAGAAAAGAAAGGAAAACGAAUGUAGAGAAGAAAAACAACAGCACACUAUCCAGAUGUUAGAACUAGUUUCUAUGUUAUGUUAUGAAUUUUGAAGUCUGCAAUUAUAGGAGACAUUUCUUAAGUAUUAAGCUGAUAUCAUCACGUGUGUAAGUGAUAACUUCGUAAUUAUAAAUUAUGACAAAUGUUAUGCCGCAACAAGUUAAUAAAUGAAUAAUUGAUCUGUAUUUAUUAUAGUAAUUUUUAAAAAUGGUUAGAUUAUAUAUAUUCAAUGUAGCUUUUUACCUAAUAUAAUAAA